AUGGCAAAGAGCUGUGCUAACUUCCAUUGCGUAACUGCGUUCGACAAGUGCAGGCGUGCAAGUGCAGCACUCGCCUUCGAUUUUGGAGCCGUCACCUGUACCUGCUUUGGAGUGGAAAUUGCGAACUACUAUGUGAAAUUAACAAGUUCUGGAAAGCAAGGUGGAGCUCGCAUUAAGUGUGAAGUAUUGAUGAAUCAAGAGCAACUCAUUCAAUCAUUUGUCUACAAACAGUCAGAACAAGCAAGAAAUGCAUAUGUUACACGUCUUAAUGCAUCCAUUGAUUGUGUUCGAGUUCUUUUGCGACAAGGGCACUCAUUUCGAGGUCAUGAUGAAUCUGAAGAUUCUCUCAAUCCAACAAAUACUUGUGCUAUUGAAACGAUCAAUGUUAUUAUCAAAGAUGUUGGCGACUCACUAAUUUCUAUUCUAGUUGAUGAAUCUUGUGAUGUGUCAAUGAAGGAGCAAAUCUCUAUUGUUUUACGUUAUGUAGACAAUAGUGAGCAUGUCAAUGAACGCUUCAAAGGGAUUGAACAUGUUAUAAGUACCACGACUCUAUCACUUAAGGCUGCAAUUGAUAGAGUAUUUUUCAGAUAUAAUUUGAGCAUGUCUAGAUUGAGAGAACAAGGUUAUGAUGGAGCAAGUAAUAUCCAAGGUGAGAUUUUAAGUGGACGAGGACUUAAUCAAGAAACGACCCUUCAGCGCUCUGGUGAUACACGAUGGAGUUCAUAUUAUAAUUCUUUGGUCAGCUUGCUUGCUAUGUUCUCUUCUGUUUUAGAUUUGAUGAGAAGUGUGUUGGGGAUGUCAAAUGAACUGUCAAAGGCAUUGCAAAGGAAAGAUCAAAAUAUUGUGAAUGCAAUGCAAUUGGUGAGAUUGUGCAAACGACGACUCCAAAUAAUGAGAGACGAAGGGUGGGACUCCUUUUUGGAAGAAGUAUAUUCUUGUUGUCAACAACAUUACAUUGAUGUACCCAACAUGGAUGAUGCGUUUGUACGCCUUGCACUUCGUUGUUGCCAUCAGCGUAAUUCUCUAGAAAUUACAAAUUUACAUCAUUAUCGAGUAGAUUUGUUCUACUCUAUCAUCGAUUUACAACUUCAAGAAUUGAAUGAUCGUUUCUCGGAGGUAAAUACAGAGUUACUCCUUUGUGUGGCUUGUUUAUGCCUACAAGAUUCAUUUUCUUCUUUUGACAAGAAAAGCUUGAUUAGACUUGUUGAGCUUUAUCCAUUAGAUUUCUCUGUAGUAGAUAUCAUUACACUUAGCGAUCAACUUGAGAUUUAUAUUUUUGACAUGCGCUCUAACAAAGAAUUUGAAGGGUUGAAUGACCUUGGUGAUCUUGCGGAGAAGUUAGUUAUGACAAAGAAAAAUAAGGUAUAUCCAUUGGUUUACAGACUUUUGACUUUAGCAUUGAUUUUACCUAUUGCUACCGCUACUAUGGAGAGAGUCUUUUCUACAAUGAGCAUCGUAAAGAAUAGAUUGUGCAGUCGGAUGGGUGAUCAGUAG